ACGGGAAAAGUCAUAAGGGCGGUUCUUCCACAGCCCGAGACAUCUUCUGCUAGCGUUUGUCUCGCACUGGGGAGACGAUAGGACGAGGUCUACAGGUUCCAGGAGCUCAAGAGGCUUCUGUAGUUCCGCCCACGACACGCCCCUUGGAGCCGCUUAAAUAGAGCAGUGUGCUGGAGAGAGGAACAGCGCUUCUUUUCACCACCUUACAGGACAAUGGAGACUGAAAUUGAGCAGCAGGAAGAGGAAACAACUUUCAGCAGCACAGAAACCAACGGUAAGCGUCCAGCUGAGGAUAUGGAUGAUGAGCAGGACUUUAAGAGGUCCCGAAACGCAGAGGACAUGCAGGAACUGAGGAUCCUGCUGCAGAGCAAGAAUGCGGGGGCUGUGAUUGGGAAAGGAGGGAAGAACAUCAAAGCGCUGCGCUCUGACUACAGUGCCAGUGUAUCAGUCCCAGACAGCAGUGGCCCAGAGCGUAUCCUGAGCGUCAGCGCUGACAUCGACACCAUUGGCGAGAUCCUGCUGAAGAUCAUCCCAACGCUAGAGGAGUACCAGCACUAUAGUGGACUGGACUUUGACUGCGAGCUGCGCAUUCUCAUACACCAGAGUCUGGCUGGUAGCAUCAUUGGUGUGAAAGGAGCCAAAAUCAAGGAGUUGAGAGAGAACACCCAGACCAGCAUCAAGCUGUUCCAGGAGUGCUGUCCCCACUCCACGGACCGCGUGGUCCUGGUCGGGGGGAAGCCCGAGCGUGUGGUCGAGUGCAUUAAAGUCAUGCUGGAGCUGAUCGCUGAGGCCCCAAUUAAAGGACGCGCCCAAUCCUACGACCCCAACUUCUACGACGAGACGUACGACUACGGCGGCUUCACCAUGAUGUACGAGGAGCGCGGGCGGCGGCCCAUGGGCUUCCCCAUGCGCGGGCGCGGCGGGUUCGAGCGCAUGCCCCCGGGGGGCCGGGCGGGGCGCCCCAUGCCCCCCUCCCGUCGCGACUACGAGGACCUGAGCCCUCGCCGCGGACCCCCGCCUCCCCCGCCAGGACGGGGGGCCCGGGGGGGCAGCCGAGCCCGAAACCUGCCCCUGCCCCCUCCCCCGCCCUCUAGAGGAGGAGAUGACCAGUAUUCCUACGAGACGUAUCAUGGCAGCGGCGACGACAGACCGAGCUCCGACCGCAGAGGGAGGCCUGGUGAUCGUUACGACAGCAUGGGUGGAGGAGGGUAUGACAGCAGCUCAUCCUGGGAGCCGUAUCAGUCAGGGGGCCGCGGUUCCUACGGCGAUAUGGGGGGACCCGUCAUCACCACACAAGUGACCAUCCCCAAAGAUCUGGCCGGGUCGAUCAUCGGGAAAGGCGGUCAGCGCAUCAAACAGAUCCGUCACGAGUCUGGAGCGUCGAUCAAGAUCGACGAGCCGCUGGAGGGGUCUGAGGAUCGCAUCAUCACCAUCACGGGCACUCAGGACCAGAUACAGAACGCUCAGUACCUAUUACAGAAUAGUGUGAAGCAGUACUCUGGUCGUUUCUUCUAAAGGAGGGGAGCGAAGGGAUGCAACCCUGCUCCGUUCUCAGAACAUUCCUCUGCUUUAGCGUACACUUCCCUCCCCCCCCCUCCAUGCGCUGCACCACCUUUCACUCACACACCUAUAGCUCCGCCUCCGUUUCCACUCCCCCCAGUGGAGCCCCGCCCCUUUUUCCUUUGAGGUUUUUUCCUCUUUUUUUUUUUUCUUUUUUGUUUUGCAUGGGCCCUUCCCAGUGCCCGUAGGUUAGACUAAAUCCCCUGCGUUUGUGUACCUGUGUUUCUAUGUUUUCUUUUUUGUUGUUUGUUUUUUUUGGGCCGCCACGUAUCCAAAAUCCAUUCAGCACAACAUGCAGAAUGUAAUCUUGCUUUAAAAGAAACGUUUUAUCGUUUUUAAAAUACAAAAAAAAAAGAGAAAAAUUAGGUAACUUUUUUUUUUUUUUUCCUUUUUUGUUGCCAUUUUUUUCAGUUUGCUAAAAUGCCUGGGGCUGUAUAAAUGUAAAUAUACAGUUGGGAUCGAUCGUUUCUAAGGAUUUUAUAGAAUUUGAAUCUCCGAAAUUUUCCUUUCUCAGCUCUGUGGGUUAUAUUCUUAAAAAUGUACUGAUUGGACCAAGAAAAGGGGGGAAGGGUGGGGUUGCACCCGAGCCCAUGUGACUAGACUUCAGGCCCGUUUUUAAACUUCUGUGUGGAUGGGGUCCGAACGUGUGAUGUUUUUUUUGUUUUUUUUUCCUCCUCUCUGUACUGCUGUGUCCGUGUGCGUGACUGGGGACUGAAGCCUGUUUGUAGUGGUGUCGGCUGCGUGCGCGCGGCGCUCUGACUCCGGUCCCGCAGUCCUAUUCGCUGAAACUCUUGAGUAAUAAAGUCCAUGCCACAUUUUA